UCGGUAGUUCGCAACCGUCCGAUUCGAGGUAUCGUAAUCGGACCAAUCAAAAAGUUGUCCACUAUCUCGGUGACUGAGGCCUGCGAAGACCUGCUCAAGAGUCUGCUGUUCUCAGAGGACCUCGACCUACGGCUAACCCAAAUCCUUCCAGCACUUGUUCCUGUUCCCCUCUCACAAGCCAGGUUGAAAAUGCCCAUCGACGGCAUUGCAUCGCCAUUGGCCCACUGGCAUUGAGGGCAUCAAUUGGCAUUCGACCAUUGUGAGUGCUCCAAUUUCAAAGGAAGCAACCAUGCUUCGUUAUUGCAUCGACUCUUUGUGAGAUGUCGGUCUCCGCAACGGCAGUGCGCCCAUUCUUGUCCAGCACCCCCGAUUGUCAAGUCAGCGCCUGCCGUCGCUGGGGAUCCUUCAUCGGCACCGUAAUCUGUAAAACCCGCUGGAAUCCACCACUUCCUUUACUGACUAGCUACAUUCAAUCGGGGCUGAACUUUCGGAGUGCUGCACCGCGAGCUGGUCCAUUGACACAGCAUCAUCCGUGGGCCUGCAAAGUCCCAUGCCAGCAGAGCAGGUUUAUAUGCAGCAUGGCCCUUGGAGAAAAGUCUGAUGGAAGUGGUGGUGCAGACGUCAGCACGAGCGCCCCCCAUGGGGACACAUUCUUUCUGGACGACUUUGCCCAGAGGCAAUGGGAUGAUCCAGAUUACAGUGGCACACGCAUGAGUUCCAACAAAGCGGACUUUGUGCGCACGGUUGAAGAAGUAUACGAGGACGGGGCCAAGCUGGUUGAUGGCUAUGCAGAUUUCUGCAAGCACCUCUUCAUUCCAAAUUUUGUUGGGGCACAUGCCGGGCACCUCCACAUUGACAGGACCAACGAAGGCCUGCUUAGGUCGGGCUACAAAGCCCGGUCAGCCUCUGAGUUGCCUGUCCUCUCCAGAUGGUUCCCAUCUGACCAGGUGAAAGGGCAUGAGACAAAGAUGCUCGACAUUAUUCUCUACUCGCGCAGCCAGCUGCUGCUCGAGCAGAAGGCCACCGCCGCUAGGAAGGGCCUCAAAGAGAAGGACCUGCCCCCGCUGCCAGAUGCUCCCUGGGGAAUCAUCUCCAUCAAGGCUCAGGACGAAGACUUCGAGCUGCCCAUGUCGCCCAUCACAAUCAUGCGCAACGCGCUGGGGGCUGAAGAGGGGGGCAGCGGCGUACCGUUGGAUCGUGAGGCUUACCUUGCAUCGGUCAAGUACUGGGAUCAGCAUGCGAUGAUUCAAUAAUGGUAUGCAAAGACGACAGAUCCGACAUGAUCUACAUCUGACAUUUUAGACUGGAUUUGACGCUUCAAGACUUAACUGCACCGGGUGGAUGUGUGAAUCACGGAAAGCAUCCACAUCAAGCCUAGAGUAAUUUGCAUGUGUUCCAAUUACGAGCAGACGGAUUGAUGGACCAUUGUCAUUCCGGGGGCCAUUGUGGGUUGAGAAUCAAGUGC